AUGCAGUAUAUUAUACAUCGGAAAUAUGACAUAUUCACGUUGAAUUACGACUACGCUAUCCUGAGGUUGAAAAUCCCGCUGGACCUCAGCGGUGCUCAGAAGAUGUUGAUGCCAAUCUGCCUUCCUGAGAAGAACCAAGUUUUUGAUAAUCAGACCUGCACUGCCAGCGGAUGGGGAUAUUUGAAAGACAAAUCUAAGGGUGGAGGAACUCUUUCCAACGUUCUUCAGAAAGUGGAUUUGCCAACAGUACCUUACAAGGAAUGCAAGAAUGACCACAAGGACCAGACCCCGGUGUUUGAGGACACCAUGAUAUGCGCUGGACCCAAAGAAGGCGGAGAAUCGAUCUGCGUGGUGAGGUCAUAUCAAAACAUUGUUCAAUAUUAUAAGAUAUGUACGACAACAAUAACGACGUUUAUUUGA